AUGAACCAACGCCAUCAACCGGUUCCAGGAAAUGGUGCUACCAUGGCACUAUUGGCUAAUACAUUCAAGGAUACUAUGUGUGAAAUGAUGGUACAGAUGUCUCAAGAAAAUCGCGCUGUACUUGCUGAAAUGUUGAAAGCCCUUAAGCCUGAGGAAACUAGAUCAAUCCGCAUUUCCGACGUCUAUUUUCCAAGUUUUGAUCCUGACAAAGGUACCGACGUGAGGGAAUGGGUUGAUUUGAUAACCAGAACUCAAGCGGAGUACAAUCUAAAGGACCACGAAGUACGCCUAAAAGCUGCUGGUGUCUUAAAAGGAAGAGCACAAUCUUGGGCCGAUGAUUGUCUACUGCGGACGACCACAUGGUCUGAAAUGAGGGAAGACAUGCUACAAACAUUUGAGCCAGAAUCAAGAUAUUUUUCAGAUGUUUUGAAAUUCCGACGUUACUCCAUAAAUGAUGCUGAUAGCAUCCCCGAAUACAUAUCCAAUGUAUGGAAAAUGUUCAAAAAAAUCGUGAAGCCAAAUCCUACGGAACAGGAUGCUGUAGAAUUUGUGAUUGGAAGCAUCAAAGAAGACGACCUUCGAACAGAACUUCUUAAUGCUAAAUGUUUAUCUGUUCCAGAGCUUAUUGCCAUCGCUAAGACGAUGCGCAAACGUAAACUGCCAUCAACUCACGACCGCUUUCAAAACAAGAAAGUAAAAAGCGACGACAGCAGAUCAGAUCAAAGUAUAACUUGUUUCGUAUGUGGCAAACAAGGCCAUCGAGCAAGAUGGUGUAAUCAAAAUGCGAUAGCACGCACCCGUACUGAACAACACCAUCAGUCGAUUCCAUCAACGUCAGAUGCAAACAAGAACAGAGAGAAAAGGAGUAAGGAAUGCACUUACUGCUCUAUUCCUGGACACACUUAUGAAACUUGUUUUAAGCGACUCAACGCUGAAAAGAACAUCAAUUUCUGCCAAGUCCAAAACAAUGACAUGAAAAAUGGUGUUGUGGUUAAAAUUGGAAAUAAACAUUUUCAAGCAAUGUUUGAUAGCGGAGCGGACUGUUCACUUGUAAGGGAAUCAACAGCUCUUUCACUUCCUGGUUCAAGAACAAACAAAACAACAUACCUGAAGGGUAUCGGACCAGUCCCCGCUAUAUCCUUUAGUCAAGUAACAUCCGUCUGUUACAUAAAUGAUAUGCAUCUGGAACUCGACUUUCAUAUUGUCCUAGACCACGAGCUACCCGCGGAUAUUCUCAUUGGAAGAGACAUUUUGAAGAUACCGGGGCUGAAAGUUACAAUGUCACAUAGUGGCGUUACAAUGACGAGAGACGAACAACACAAAACAGCCGCUAAUAUAUGGCAGUUAUCUUCGAGUUCGAUAGAUACAGAUUUGAAGAAUAAAGAUGAAAUAGACAGAUUGAUGACUGUGCUUAGAAAAUAUGAAGAUUAUUUUAGAGAGGGUCACACACCUAUUGAAUUGCUAACUGGAAAAAGAGGUUGUGUUCCUCCUGAACUGCUCAACCUGAUUGAUGAACGCAAUGAGCGUAUAGACCCGGAGAUGUUGAAAAAAUCUGUGUUAGCAAGGAUGACCGAACAAGCUACGAAAGAUGAAGCUCGGUAUAACAGAGGUAAAGCCAAAGUGAACAGAUUCGAGAAGGGCGAAUACGUCUUGUUAAAAGAACCGCCACGUCUGGGUACCAAAUUAAGCCCAAAAUAUGAUGGACCUUUCGAAGUAAGAAAAGUUUUACCUCAUGAUAGGUAUGAGAUUCGAAAAAUCAAUGGUCGUGGUCGGGCAAGAAAAGUAUGCCAUGAACAACUAAGAAGCGCUCCUAAAUUCGGAGUACAAAAUGACGUGGCCAUAUCGGCGAUUAAUAAAGACGUCGAAGCAAGUUCAUCCAAAGAUGAGUAG